UUUGUGUAUAAUUACAUGGCUGAUAACAUGCAGGCUGGAGUCCAGCAGAGACCUUCCUGCUCCUCCCCCCGCUCCUCCGUGCCGUACUGCUGUUACCGAGCAGUGAAGUGUAGCUGCGCACACAGACGGGACGGGAGGACACAACAUAAAUGCAAUUGAAACUCACCGAAACACAGGGAAAGAGGUGCGUGCAGCAAUGUGCGGUCAAGGUGUUCCGUGGGACUCUGAAUUAGAAGAUCAUCCUCUUCAUAUAAAAUUGUGUACUAAAGUAACAGACAGCAGACAUGGCGGACAGUGAGGAGGAGCACCCAGUGCAGCAGGGAAAUACAUACAAAUGGACUGAUGAUGAUGUGGCCAAAUUAAUUCAACUGAGGAGAGAGAGGGAGAGGGACCACCUCUUCUCAGGCAAAAGGUUUGCCGCGGCAGCCGGAUGGAAAGCUGUACUGAAAGAGAUGGGCUUGGCUGGGAUGGUGAGCCCUGCCCGAGCAGCAAAGAAGUGGGAGAAUCUCAAGAAGACAUACAAGUUAUGACAGAGUCUAUAGGCAGCUCUUCCUCCAUCUCCUCCAUCUCCUCCAUCUCUCUGAGAGAGAUCAGAGCUGAGACUCAUCUAGUCCUUCAAGCUUUCCUCCAUCGGACUGUUUCCCUCCCCCUGACAGAGAGGCCUGGGACUGUAGGAGGGGCCUACAGAGAUCAUAACAAGUACAGUGCUAGCUCCAAGCCACAACCCAAAGCAAAGGAUGGGUGGGAUUCUCAAGCUGAAGAAUGCAAUUCAGCAGAUGAGAAGAAUUCUGGAUUCAAGGACUUCAUAAAGCAGCUGCCUCGAUACAACAGCUCACGCCGCUCACUGGACAGGGACAACAAGACAAAACCGUCACACCUCAGAGACCAAAUAGAAGAUGAUGUCGUAUCCCCCUCCUCUACAUCAGAAGAUGAGGACAGUGAGAAGAAACAGCAGAAGAAGCUGAGCCGAAAGAAGUUUAAGAAAAAGCUCUCCAAGAUCUUCAAGUUAAAGUUAGAGAAAGAGAAGGACAAAGAGAGGCCUGGAUCUCCUCCUCAGAGACCUACCACACUGUCAAUCGCCAAAGAACCAGAGCCUACCCCGACCCUUGUCUCUCCCAACCAUCCUCCUGAGUUCUAUGAUGAAGUAGCAGAGAAGCUGGAAAAGAUUGCCCAGAGGUCCACCAGUGUAAAGAAACUGAGCCCCACACUAGCAGCGAGUGAGAAAGACGCAGUGGUGCAGCAGCUUGCUCAGGUGCUGUCUUUGGAGGGAGAUUCUAUCAACACUAAGAUCCAGUCAGACCCCUUUCUACGCUCCAGCUUGACUCGUCUUUCCUAUGCAUCGUUUGCCAAGCUUCUAGACACUUUCAACAGUAUUCAGGUAUCUGGGGCUCCAACCCUGCCGCCAACGGCUAGUCCAACACUAAGACGUAUGGCUGUCACCAUGGAGGUAUCACGGAGGAUAGUGACAGCCACAGGCACCCAGCGCAUGCAAGGCUACGCAGAGUGCUACAUGGAGACAUUUGCUCCCUGGGUCAAGAGCCAUGGAGGAUGGGAGAAUGUGGUACAUUUGGAGGACCCUGCAGAGUACGACUGACUUCUCACAGCUCUCAGGUGUCUUUUUAUUCCAAAUAAUCACUGGCCAACACUGAGCUCUGGAUGGUGUCAUCAAAGUGAAGAGAGGCAGAUGGACAAGAUUUCUCACAGAGUCUCAUCUGGACUGUGACAAGAUUCCAAAAACCUCUUUGAUUGAUGUUAAUCUGGGGUUUAGGCAUCAGAAAGUUACUGUUUUUACACGGUCAGAAGAAGGAGCUAUGUAUAGAUACUUUUAUGAAGGAUUUGUCAGUCAGUUUGAAAGUGAUAGCAGGCUGUAAUGGUGUUUUGACUUGGUUAAUGGGUGGUUUACAUUUGGAUCAUGAGUUAAGCCUUUCAAACAAGCAUUUUAUUCUCUGACUCUGCUCAAUGAUAUAAUCCCAUUGUUAAAGCUGCAGUUUCCGUUAUCUCAGGUCCCUCUAAAAAACUUUUUACUUA